AAACUAAUAAUUAAAGCCAAAUUAAGAGUUCAAUUGUACAUAAAAAGAUUUAUUUCUCGUCAUUAACUUCACACAUACACACAAAAGUAAAGCCGGCGACACUCCCGUUUUUUCAUCAUCAACAAAGAAGGGAAAAAAUCCAAAGAAAGAAACUUUUUUAUUCAAAGUAAAUUUGCUUUGUGUUUACUUCUACGUGUUUUCAAGACAUUUGAGGUGAUAGCCAAUAGAAGAAGGAGUUAAAGAGAGUUUAUUUAUUUUUCUUUUCGUUGAGUUCGCGAAGUGAUUUUUGUUUUUAAAAAACCAUCAAAACGGAAGUUUCCAGGCAAGCAGGAACCGAGCAACGCGGAUUGGGAAGAGAAAAACUUCCCGAGAUUCGUGCUUGGAUUCCUCCAUCUUUGCGACCGCAACAUGGACUUACUGAGGAAGCGCAAAGAGAUGAAGUUUUCCGAAAGGUUCGUGGUAUUUUGAAUAAACUCACACCAGAAAAAUUCCAACCGCUCAGCAAUGAUUUGUUAUCGCUAAAUCUCAACUCGAAGAAGAUCCUCCUUGGUGUAAUUCAUUUGAUUUUUGAGAAAGCAUUAGAUGAGCCGAAAUAUUCGUCUAUGUACGCGCAGCUAUGUCGUCGCAUAUCGAAAGAAGGAUCAACGCUUGAAGCUGAAAACGAUUACUUUGAAACUUUAUUAAUUCGUGUUUGUCGUGAUAAAUUCAUAAAUCGUUCGCAGUACAGUGAAAGUAUAAUCAAUUCGCCAUCAACAGGCGAUCCAAAUGAAAUCGACGAGGAAGAGCGCCGCUAUGUCGCCAAACAGAAAAUUCUCGGUAAUGUUAAAUUCAUUGGAGAGCUGUUCAAGUUGGACAUGCUUAAUGCAGCGAUCCUUCACAACAUGCUCGAACAGUUGUUGGAUAAAAAAAGUCGAUCCAAUCCAACUUUGGAAGACCGAUGCGAGGAUAUGGAAUGUUUAUCGCAAAUCUUUCGAACCUGUGGUAAACAUCUCGACACAGAGAAAUCGAAAAACUUGAUCGAUCAAUAUUUCGACAUCAUGGAGCACAAAUCAAAUUCAUCGAAAUAUCCAGCGCGCAUUCGUUUCUUAUUGCGCGAUGUCAUUGAAUUGCGAAAAGAUGGAUGGAAGCCACGUAAAGUGGCGCGUGUUGAAGGACCUGUACCGAUUCAGGACUUGAGCACAGAUGAGGAAUACAUAAGGCAACAACGUGACAUGCGUUCACGUACAAUGGAAUACCAGAAUCGUAAUAACGAUCGUAAUUGGAUGGAUAAGUUGCCGUUGAGUUUGCAAUCGAUGAAUAAUUAUGGUGGGCCAUUGUCAAUGACAAGUUCAAGUUCAUUGAUUUCCGGUCCUUAUAAUCCAUCUGGUAACAGCUACAAUUCAUUACGCGGUGAUGGAUCAAUGAUGGGUGGAGGAGGAGGUGGUAGCGGUGGUGGUGGUGGUGGAUAUCGUAAUAAUAAUAAUCAUCAUAAUCAUCAUCAUCAUCAUCGUAAUCAUGAUAACAAUUCACGUCCCAUGAAAUAUGGAAAUGACAUGGGAGGAGGAGGCGGAGGAAAAUACAACAAUCAUCAAAACAAUGAUGGAAAAAUGAUGAUGAUGAAUCAAAAUAAAAUGAAACAUAAUCAUCGACAACAUGAUGGAAUGAUGAAUCAAAAUCAUCAUCAUCAUGGCAAUCAUUCAAACAACAUAAAUCAAAAUUCUUACAACAACAACAUGAUGAUGAAUAAUAUGAACAACAAUAACAACAAUAAUAUGUUGAAUAAAGAUUUAGCGCCACGUUUCAAGAGAACCAUCAUGACACCGUCAACGCCAAAUUCAGUUGAUGAACUUCAAAUGCGACCGGCGCCAAACAGUUUGUUGUUUAAAGCGUCAAGCAUGAAAUCAAAUCAUCAUCAACAAAUGCCGUUGAAUCAGCCAAGUCGUAGUGCAAGUGGAUCGCCAGGAUUUACGUCAUCAAAUGUUGAUAAUUUAAUUCCAUCAUUCAACAAUGCUAUGAAUGGAUUGAAUGGUAAAAUUCAUGCAUCUCCCGUUCCUCAACAUCAACAAAAGCGUGAAUCCCCUCAAUUGAAUCAAAAUCAAACGACUGCACAUUACAUGACAGCAGCUGGUGCAGCACAAGCAGCUAAGAAUGCAGCAAACUUAAAUGCGUCACAAAUGAAGUCGUCAUCACCACAAAAUGUUCCAAAAGAUCAACAACAGCAGUUGAUGGUGACAAAGCAAGGAUCAAUUGAGAAGCCGAAGCAGAAGAAAGACAAGGGACCGAGCAAAGAUGAAAUUUUAAAGAAAGUUGCACAAUUUAUUAAUGAUUCAUUGCUGGAUAAGAAGUUUGUUGAAGGCUAUCAAGAGUCGAAGAAUAAAGCUGAGAAUGACGAGAAAGAAAUAAUUUCUGAUGACAUGCAUAACAACAACAAGAAUAGCAAUGGACACGCAACAAAUGGAAAAGCUGAAAUUAUUGAAGAUUGCACAUCAACAACAAAUGGCGAUGGUGAAGAGAAGAACGACGAAAAGAUUGAAAAUGAAGGCGAACAUAAUGUUGUGAAAGAUGAUGAUGUUCAAGCAAUUGAUGAUGAAAAUGCAAUUCCAACACUUGAAGACAUCUUUAAAUCAUAUUACGAACUUAAAGUGCCUGAAAAAUUCCUCAAAGAUUCCAUCAUGAAGAUUAUUAAUGAGUCACUUGAUAAAGGUGAAUCAGCACAUGAGAUAAUUGUUGACUUCUUUCAAAUGAUGCAAAAGGAUAAGAAGAUGAGCGUCAAUCAAUUGUCAGAAGCAUUGCGUGGUGUCAUCAAUGGCAUGAGUGAACGUGAGAAAACAAUUCCAAAGAUCACGACAUUAGUUGCUUCACUUCUUGCUCGGACAAUUACAAAGAAGAUCAGCAAGUUGACAGAUGUGGCAAACUUCACUGACAAUGGUCAACAUUAUCCACUUUUGUUACUCGUUCUUCAACAUCUUCACAAAUCUAUCGGUGAUGAUCCGCUGGUCGUUAUGUUCAAUUCGAGUAAAAUAAAUUUAAUGCAAAGUUUACCGGAAUGUGAUCGUACAAAGGAACGUUUAGCAGAGAUUCUUGAUGAUAGGAAAUUGAGCUUCCUUCAGCCUUUGUUAAGGAUUGAAUCAGAACUUCUACGACAAAUUCAAAGCGAUUCACAACCACAAACGUUUUAUAAAUGGAUUAAAGACAAUGUCGACCAGUCACGUUAUACUGAUCCAGGCUUUAUAACUGCUUUGAUGAUGGUUCUUUUGAGAUUCAUAACUCAAGAAACGACUUUCCCCGAAGGAAGCGAUCCAACAAAACUUCCAGAAAAGCAACAAGUUGAAGCCGAGAAGAAAUUGUUGGUAUCGUUCAGUCGAAUUUUGAACGCAUUUCUUACCGGACAUUUGGACUUGCAAUUGAUUGCGAUUUAUUCGUUGCAAGUUUUCUGUUUCAAUCGUCAAUUUCCUAAAGGAAUGCUUUUGAGAUGGUUCACUGCAUUAUAUGAGUUGGAGAUUGCUGAGGAAGAAGCUUUUCUAAGAUGGAAAGAAGACAUCACUGACGCAUAUCCCGGGAAAGGAAAAGCUUUGUUUCAAGUCAACUCAUGGCUUACAUGGCUUCAAGAAGCUGAAUCAGAAGAGGAAGAUGACGAAUAAAAUAAAUAAAUAAAAAAAUUAAACAAAUUUAACUAAUCACAAUCUUUUAAACACAACAUGAAGAAGUAAACAAGUGGCACAACCAGCGUAUAAGUAAAUUAAAUUAAAUUAAAUGAUUAACAAACAAGUGACUGAUAUGAAGUGUUGUUUCUGUUACACAAAAAAAAGAACUGCAUAAAUAUAUAAAUUAUAUGACAAGUAACAAGAAGUGAGAAACGAUACAUAAAAGAAGAGAAUCUUCUAGUAGUUAAACAACCAACAAAUCAAUCAACCAACUGCAAAAGACUCAUUCAUGAAUCAUGAUUGUGUGCUGCGAAAAGAUGCAAGAAGUUUAAAAAGAUGUUUAAAAGAAAAAUUCUAUUUCAUAAUUAUUGAUUAAAGAAGAAUAGUAAAAAAAAAAUAUUUCAAAUCCGAGUAUCUAAUAACAUAAAACUAAACAUUAACAUAAAAGCAUUCAAGGAGGAAAAAAUUAAGAAAUGUUCAUGCAACUUAGAAGUGUUUUUAACUCUUUUUUUAAUUUUUGUUUUAAAUUAUCUUCACUAGAUAAAUUUUUAAAUGAAGAUUAUGACAAUUAAGAAUGAAAGCUUCCCAAAUAGUUCAUUCAUUGACUACGAGUCGUGAUGGCUUGUUUGUAGUUUUUAAAUAUAUUUCGCCUUCUGCUCUGCCGAACAUUUUGUGAUCGGACAUCAAUUUUUUCUGUUCUGUAUCUUUCUGAUUGUAAAUCGUGUCUAAUAAAACUUAAAUAUAUAUUUUCUUUUAUGUUUAU